GAGAAAUUCUACGGGCGAGAAGUGAUCCUGGCAGAUCGGGAGCAGGUAGAACAGGCAUCUGACGAUUUAUUUGCAGGUGCCGAGACCGGGGAUGUGGCUCUGUUGGUGGUGGGGGAUCCUCUGGGUGCAACCACACACACCGACCUCAAGUUACGAGCACACCAGUUAGGAAUACCAGUUGAGGUGAUAAGUAAUGCUUCCAUCAUGAAUGCAGUGGGAUGCUGUGGCCUUCAGUUAUACCACUUUGGGGAGACAGUAUCCAUUCCCUUCUGGCAGGAUGGGUGGGAGCCUGUGAGCUUCUUUGACAAGAUCAAUCGCAACCUGAAGAAAAAACUCCAUACACUGUGCCUUUUAGAUAUUAAAGUGAAAGAGCAAAGCUUAGAGAAUCUCCUAAGGGGACGCAAGAUCUUCGAACCCCCUCACUACAUGAGAGUACAUCAAGCUGCCCAACAGCUGCUGACGAUCCUGCAAAGGCACAGUAACAACCCUGCAACCAGUGGAAAAGACCCAGUGGGCGAGGAUGAGAUGCAGUUGACUGAGAAUACCCAGUGCGUGGGCAUUGUGAGAGUUGGGACUAGUUCACAGAGGAUCAUGAGAGGAACAUUGAAAGAGCUUGCAGAGUCCGAUCUUGGGGAGCCACUGCAUUCUUUGAUUAUAUGCGGGGAAUGUCAUCCCAUAGAGGAAGAUGCUAUGACAAAGCUGGCCGCAUACUUUAAUGGCCAACAGACUGAACCACGCAAUAGUACCAGUAAAAGAGGUGUCUUCCAUCUCAUUGGAUUGGGACUUGGUCAGCCUGGUGAUGUAACAGUCAAGGGCCUAGACAUCAUAAAAAAGUGUUCCCGUGUGUUCCUCGAGGGCUACACUUCCAUAAUGGAGGGUGGUGUAGAGGCCCUCCAAGAGCUCUUUGGCCGUGAAGUCCAGGUGGCAGACAGGGAACAAGUGGAGCAGCAGUCGGAUGGCAUCCUGCAGUGCACACAUGAAGGGGACGUGGCAUUCCUUGUGGUUGGAGAUCCCUUUGGAGCCACAACACAUGCAGACCUAGUUAUUCGGGCCCUGGAUGAGACCAUCCCAGUUAAUAUAGUACACAAUGCAUCCAUAUUGAAUGCUGUGGGAUGCUGUGGCCUCCAGCUGUAUUCAUUUGGUGAAACUGUCUCUCUGCCUUUCUGGGACGAUACUUGGCGUCCAGACAGCUACUAUGACAAAAUCUGUAGCAACAUGGAAAAUGGCUGGCAUACCCUGUGCCUUCUUGACAUCAAGGUUAAAGAACAAAGCGUGGAGAACCUCAUUAAGGGGCGGAAAGUGUACGAACCACCAAGAUACAUGACAGUGGCCCAGGCAGCGACACAACUCCUGGAAAUCAUUAAGAUGCGAGCCGAACAAGGGAAAGCAACACCUGUGACCCCAGACCAGCUUGUCAUAGGCUUGGCUAGGGUAGGGACCCCCACACAGCAGCUAAAGACUUGUACCCUGGAGGAGAUGGCAAAGGUUGACCUUGGGGGCCCCUUGCACUCCCUUGUGAUUGUUGGGGAAACUCACCCAAUGGAAGAUGAGUACGUGGACAUGUUUCGGUAAUGGAGUUUGUGUUAUGUUGGGUUGAUUGUACCUGUCCACAGGAAGAUAAACUCUUAUUUCCAUUUUUUGUUGUGGUGCAGAUAUUGUUGAUAAAAUAUAAUAUGAUGUACAUAAUUUUUUGUUUACCUUUUUUUAUUGUUAAUAUAUCCUUUUUUAUAAGUAACAGAGCAGGGUUGCAUAAAUGUGUUAUUCAGUGUUUGUUAACUUCUAAGAGAGUUCUAUUGUUGAUAUGAGAUUUAUUAUGGAUGCCAUAAUUUCAUAUUUGUUAGUAUUUUUGUUUGUUGCAUUUUAAAUUAAAGAGAUAUAUAACAAUAGACAUUUAAAUUCUGUUUAAUACAAUAGAAUCUCUUUAGAAAGGUCUUUUACACUCCACUAAACCUGUACGCUUUUCAGUAACAUUCAUUCUUUAUGUGCCAAUUGACACUUAACUCAGUAAUAUAUGUUAAGAUAAGCUGGUAUGGUAAAGUAGAUCACUAAAAUACUUUAGUGUCUUAUCAGGAAAAAGUCUUAUUUUAACAUUGUGAAAAGUUCCUGAAUAACAAGUGUCUCUCUACCAGUAUUUUGAUAUGAGCAGGACUGUGACAUGUUCUCGAAUGUUAUGUGCAAUUUCUGGUUCAGGUAUUACUAUUUUGACAUUAGACUAUUUUGAAAAUGUGAUACAUUUUGUAAAUGUUUUGUUGCUUUUGAUGAGACCGUUGAAAUGUGAUUUAUUGUAAAAGUUCAAACUGAAAUAUUUUUAUAUUUCAUUUUCAGGUUUCUCAAAUUGAGAAUUAUCUGUAUAUCAUGGAAUGUGUAUAAUAUGAAUUUGCUUUUUUUAGGUACAAUUUUUUUAAAUAUAUGGUUUUCAGGAAUGA